AGAGGUAGCUUUUACUUGGAUUCAAUCCAAGUCGCUGGAGCCUGAUUUAUAAAAAGAGAUCCAACUGGGGUUUUCCUCUACUCGUUUUCAGUGCUAAUCGUCUCUAGUGCUGUGUUUAAUAUGCAGUCAUUGUAGCUUUUCCUUUGUAGAUGUGCCAGUGACAAACACAGCUGUGUGAAGACUAAACACAAUGAGAUGAUGACCAUUUACUUUACCAGUGGAACAACUGGGCUGCCUAAGAUGGUUGGACACACCUACAGCAGUUUUGGUUUAGGAUUAUCUGUGAAUGGAAGGUACUGGCUGGAUUUGACACCUUUGGAUGUGAUGUGGAAUACCUCAGACACAGGCUGGGCAAAGUCUGCAUGGAGUAGUGUUUUUUCUCCAUGGAUCCAAGGAGCCUGUGUGUUUGCACAUUAUCUGCCCCGUUUUGAACCAACUUCCAUCUUACAAACACUCUCCAAGUAUCCCAUCACUGUCUUUUGUUCAGCACCAACUGCGUACCGAAUGCUUAUACAGAAUGACAUGAAAAGCUGGAAAUUCAAAAGCUUGAAGCACUGUGUGAGUGCUGGGGAACCAAUCAACCCUGAGGUGACUGAACAAUGGAGAAACAGCACAGGCCUGGAUAUCUAUGAAGGAUAUGGACAGACAGAAACG